GGAACCAAUUUCACACUGGGCUUCUUCUUGACUACUAACGAAUAAGCCUUACGAACAGUUGGAAGCGGAUCCAUCACUAGGAUUUGCCCUCGAACAACGCUAUAGGAAUCAUUUAAUCCCAUCAAAAAUUACAUGGUUUGGUCUUGUUCAUGAUAUUUUUCAAAAGAAGAUUUUUUCCUUGCACUGGCACGUGUGUGGGGUUCUAUAUGAAGCUAGUUUAUCCCAUAAAUUUUGUAGUUUUGUGAAGUAAGUAGCCACAGACAUCGAACCUUGAGAGUGAAAGGCGAUUGCCUUCUGAAUGUGGUAGAUUCGGGUAGCGGUGUCAGCAAAAAUCACUGAGAAAGCAAGGUCAGGCGUGACCGAUUGGACGAACCAGGAUAAUAUCAUCUUGUUGCAGCGAUCCCAUAAAGCAUACUAAGUGGGUUUCUUGUCUGGAGAUGGUCCUUUCAACAUUCCAUCUAUGAAACUAAUCUUAUUCUUGGCGAUAAAGGCGAUGUGGACGACCCAACUCCAGCCAUGUUGAAAUCUGGAAAACGAGAAUGAAAAUGCUAUGGAAGCCGUGUAAAGUUGAAGAGGCUAUGAAGAGAAAAGCCUACAAUAGGUACACUGCCAGGUAAUUAGGAGCUAGGGAAACCCUACCUUUGAUACCAUCUUAAUUUAGUAUAAUAUGAUGAUUUGGAAUGAUUGAUUACAAUUGUACAAGGAUAUACAAAUAUAUACUGAUUACAUUUAGUCAAACUAGGAAAGAUAAUUCUUCUACUCUAAUUUAGGAGCUAAUAAGGCGAUGACCCGUAGAAGAAGAUGAUUACAACAAUCAUGGGGAUUUCUCUAUGAUUUGAUUUCCAACAAAGGGGUAGAGCCUGGGAUAAAUACGUCCACUCCGCACACCAUUUUUUCCCUUAUGCAAUACUCUAAUUUAUUUUUGUCAUUUAAUUUCCUUUGAUUUAUAGACUAUCUAAAGGCUAGAAAAAAGAAGUGUGCAAAAUUACUUCUUAAAGCACAAAUAUAACAAAACUUGAAAUUGAAGGAGAUGUGAAUUUAAAAUAAUUUGAUGAUUAUUUGUGCUUUAAGAAGUAAUUUGAUGAGCUGAUACCUUAGACAAAUUUUGGCAAAAUAUAGUGAAUGGAGGAACAAGUUCAACGCAUACAUAUCGAACUUAAGCAGAGGACGUCGGUAGUAGAACCAAGUUGUCAGGCCAACCAAGUCCGCACGUUACAUAAACCCAAUCUAAGGUAAUGAUGAGGCCUCCUCGCAAAGAGAUGCUCUGCUCCAUUUUCCGGUGAAUUUCAAGCUACUCGGCUGGGAGAUCUACUUCUACCCACUGCGAAGUAAGGUUCUCUCAUCUUUGUGCUUGUGGUUUCUCUCGCCAUUGGGUUGAUUUAUCCUCUCAUAAUGGCUAGUGGUGAGGAGGCUAUCCACUACCUAAGUGUUAACUUCGAAGAUAGUCUAGAUCUAGAAGAGAGGUUUGAUGAUAAUAUACAUCUAGUAGGAAGCUUGUUAGCUGAUAAUGAGCCAUCUGAGCAUGUGAUCAAGGAGGUGAUGCGUAUUGCCUGGAAUAAGAUGGGAGUUGUCAAGGUUUUGAAGACCAAACCCAACAUUUAUGCUAUCAAUGUGGGCGAGGACGCAGUGGCUAGACGACUCCUCGAGGGGAACCCUUGGUUUAACAAGGAUUACACCUCCACUAUCAAGUUGUGGCAAGCACAUGGGGUCCCAAGACAUCUAUGCACCAUGAAAAAUGCAAUAAUGGGGGAGAUGUUGGGGGCAGUCCUAGAGGUUGAGGACCACUUUGAAAUUGGCUUUCGCAAUUUCCUAUGGCUGCAAGUUGACUUCGACGGCCGAAGACCACUCGUGACAUGCUUCCAAAUACCUUUCCAAAAGACUGGAUCCAGGCUUCUUCGCUUGAAAUAUGAGGGGCUGAGGAUCUUCUGUUAUCGUUGUGGGAGGCUUGGUCAUCGAAUGGUUGCCCAUGGCUGGCGACAUCAAUGGCUUCGGGAACAAGCCGUUUGUGUGACGAGUUGUGUGCUUCCCCUCCCUCCCAAGCACCAUCUUUGCUAUUCUCGCCAGUAAAAAGGUUAAACAUGUAAUAGAGGCUGAUGAAGGGCAUUGGAGACAAAAAUGGGCAGGGGAAAAAACAUUUUCUCCUCAUGAUAUUCAAGUAAGAACGUAUAUUUAGCAUACAACCUGUCUAUGAUAUUCAGAUCAAAUAUGAACAUGCAAGACUCUUUAAGUUUUGUGAAAACCCUUUGCAACACCUUGCAACCCCUAAGAGCGUGAUACUUGCUUUAAAUGAAAUUACAAUUAUUAACCACAAGAAGAAAUACUCAAUCCUUCGGUCAUAUUUCGACUGAAUUAGAUCCAAAUACUUAUCUAAACAUUCUAAUGGUGGCCAAGCAUUCAGAUAUAAACACAGUUAAACACAGAGAUUAAUAAUUCAAAGCAAGCAUGCAUAACAUCAUAAGCAAUUGAAUAAAGACUACAUAUUCAUGCUAAGGCUCAUGACCUCGCCCUAGCAAAAGGAAUUUAGUUAUGAACAACCAUAAAACAAAAGGAAUUUUAUUGAAAUAGAAAAAGGAUAGAAAACACCUUGAAAUACAAAUCGUCAAAAGCUCUCUAUGUUCUACCAAUUGAUGCGUUCUCCCUCCCUCCCUCCCUCGAUAACCCUAAU